CCGUCACAUCGUCGCUCUCUACUCGCCGGCGAUGGCUUCUCUCACUUACAAUGCAUCCUCAAUCGCCGUAGCCAAUAGCAGGACGCCACGUCAGCGCCGCGUGCUCUCUCGCCCCUGUCCUCACCUCGUCUCUAUCUCUCGGCGGAGAUUUACGGUGAAAAUAAGAGCCACGGAAACUGAUGCCAAUGAAGUUAAGCCUGCGGUGCCGGAUAAGGUUCCGGCUGCUGGCGGUGGUUCGAGCUUCAAUCAGCUUCUUGGGAUUAAGGGGGCUAAACAAGAGACGGAUAUAUGGAAAAUUCGCCUUCAACUUACAAAACCUGUUACGUGGCCCCCAUUGGUAUGGGGAGUGGUGUGCGGAGCUGCUGCUUCUGGAAACUUUCACUGGAAUCUUGAAGAUGUAGCUAAAGCUAUUGUUUGCAUGAUGAUGUCAGGACCAUGUCUAACAGGCUACACACAGACACUUAAUGAUUGGUAUGACCGUGAAAUUGAUGCUAUUAAUGAGCCCUAUCGUCCUAUUCCUUCAGGAGCUAUAUCUGAGAUUGAGGUUAUAACCCAGAUCUGGGUGCUGCUCCUAGGAGGCCUUGGCUUGGCGGGUUUGUUAGAUGUGUGGGCAGGGCAUGAUUCCCCUAUACUUUUCUAUCUAGCUCUUGGCGGAUCCUUGGUAUCAUAUAUCUAUUCUGCUCCACCCUUAAAACUCAAGCAAAAUGGAUGGAUUGGGAACUUUGCUCUGGGGGCAAGCUACAUCAGUUUACCAUGGUGGGCUGGUCAAGCUUUAUUUGGGACUCUUACUCCUGACAUAAUUGUCCUUACACUCUUGUACAGCAUAGCUGGGUUGGGUAUUGCCAUAGUAAAUGAUUUUAAAAGUGUUGAAGGAGAUAGGGCUCUGGGAUUGCAGUCGCUUCCUGUUGCUUUUGGGACUGAAACAGCUAAAUGGAUAUGUGUAGGUGCAAUUGACAUAACUCAGUUAUAUAUUGCAGGCUAUCUUUUGGGCGCUGGCAAGCCCUUGUAUGCAUUGGCCCUUCUUGGUUUAAUACUUCCGCAAGUGUUUUUCCAAUUUGAGUACUUCUUGAAAGAUCCAGUGAAAUACGAUGUAAAAUAUCAGGCGAGCGCCCAACCUUUUCUUAUACUGGGCCUCUUGGUAACGGCCUUGGCAACUAGCCAUUGAUACCACAAGACUCAUCAAAAAGUCGAAAUUUGGCUACUUCUGACGCAAAGAUGAUAUAACGACCUAAAUGCAAACGGAUCCUUUUAUCGUUUGGUUAAAGAACAAGGAAAUUGUUCUGCAAUGGCAAUGGUUACAACCUUCGUCACUUUCCAUUCAAAUCUCAUAGAGGUGCUACCAAACUGGAUACCCUUUUUGUUAUGUCAUGUUUCCAUUUGGGGAGUUUUUGGCAAUGAACUUUGAAGAAGUAGAUGGCUUGAUUAGUCUUCGCUUUUGCUUUUGGCGAUGUAGUUGAUGUCUGCAUGCCCCUCUAUGUGCUAAGCUGAUUUAUUGUGUAUCCUAGUAACUAGAUUAUGUAAUUUCAUGGACAUUGGUGUUAGUCCGAGACAGAACAUAGUACUGUAUAUGAUUGUGGAAAUUUUGAUUGGUUGAAGGGUUUGCUCAUGUUUAUUAUUA